AUGAUCAACCGGUUCGUUGAGGCAGAGCAGGACCCCUUCACCCUCACCACGCACUACCUCUCCGACUAUCGCGAGAAGUAUAUCGCGCAUUACAAGCUCGCGCGCAAUUCCAGCGAGCACGGGGAUCUGAUCGACCACAUCCGCAACUAUGUUCCUCGUAUCAGAGGCGAGAAUGGCGAAGGCAAGGUUGGGAUGGAACCGGCGCUAGAGAUGAUGACAGACGUGUUUGCGUAUUACCAUGUUGCGUUCAAGCGCUACGUCGACAAGGUAAUAGACAAGGAGUUCCUUCGGGGCAUCGAGAAGGAGAUCCACAGUGCGCUGACGACGUGCCUCCGCUUCCCAAACGCAUCCGUCCACGAGAUGAGCGUCGCCGAGGGCGUCUUCCAACAGCUUCGGCGCCAUUCGACCAUCUGCGAGACGAUCUCCGAUGCGCGGGCCUGGCGAUCCGCACGGAGAUUGCCGGCGUUGCCCCUGACGGGUUUCUAUUGUUGCAUGACGAACCCAGCACAGCGCCUAAUUUACUCCUUGAACACGACCAUCAUGAGCCCGUCGGCGACGCCUGCCGUCCAAGACGAUGAGCCCGCACGCAAGAAGCGGCGGCCGGGCGCCUGCGACCUAUGCAAGAAGCGCAAGAUCAAGUGUGAUAGCAGUCAGAUGCCGAAUAACAGGUGUACGCACUGUGUGCAGACGGGGAGCGAGUGCACACAUCAUGAGGUGACGAAGAACUUGGACACUGGCAGAGGGCGGAAGUACGUCGAGGGACUGGAGCAGCGACUCGUGAACAUGGAGAAGCUUUUCGAGAGGCUUCUUCCCGGAGUCAACAUAGCAGAAGAGAUCGAGAAAGCGAACGCGGCUGAGGCGGCACCUGCAGUCCCUGCAGACCUUGGCAACUUACCUAGGAACGAUGACGAUUCCCCAGAGGCGCGGAUGGUGUCUCGCUUUCAGAAAUUACACCUACAACCCGAUGCGCAUCGGUUUUACGGCAAAUCGAGUGGUGUUAUGCUCCUCAAGGCGACAAUCGAAGUCAUGGAUCAGUAUGCGGCGACGAAGCCCGGUUUCCGCCCACGAGAUCGAGCAAUGAGGAGACCAGAGUAUUGGACUCAAUGCCCGUGGCAAAUUAGGGCGUCCGACUAUCAGGAGCAAAGGAUGUAUCAGUUCCCUGAGGAUGAUCUCAUGAACCACCUGAUAGAGCUGUACUUCAAGUACAUCAAUCCUUUCCUUCCCCUCCUGCAUCGGCCUACCUUUGAAGGUUUGAUAAGGCAAGGAGAGCACUUCAAGGACCGGGAAUUCGGUGGUGUGUUGCUGCUUGUAUGCGCGAACGCCUCCCGAUACUCGGAUGAUCCUCGUGUGCUAUUACCUGGCGCGAACUCGCAGCACAGCGCGGGCUGGAAGUACUUUCAACAAGUCACCGUCGUCCGUUCCAACCUCCUCAAGAAGCCCACGCUGUACGAGCUGCAGAUGUAUGCGCUUUCGGUCUGCUAUGGCCAAGGGAGCUCGACGCCUCAGGGCUGCUGGACCGAGGUCGGUAUCGGGCUACGUAUGGCGAUGGAUGUGGGUGCACAUCGACGACGUACGGGAAAGCCUACGCCUCAGUAUGAACUUUGGAAGCGGGCGUUCUGGGUGCUGCAUGCCUUGGAUACCAGCCUGAGUUCCUUCUUCGGGCACCCAUGUACACUGCACACGGACGAGUUUGACCUCGAUACGCUCGUCGAAUGCGACGACGAAUACUGGGACACAGGUGAUCCGGAGACGAACAUGCAGCAGCCCAAGGGCAAGCCCUCCUACGUCGCGUUCUUCAACUGCUACGCGCGGCUCAUGGAGAUCUACUCGUACGCCAUGCGCAUGCUUUAUUAUACCCGCAAGCCGUCCAUGUACAACAACAAGGCGACACCUACGCAAGUGAUCUUGAAGUUGGACUCAGCGUGCAACGCUUGGCUGGACUCUAUACCCACACACUUGCGCUGGGAUCCUAACCGUCAGGACCAAUUGUUCUUCGACCAGUCGGCAUGCUUGUACUCGGUCUUCUACCACCUCCAAAUUUUCAUCCACAAACCCUUCAUUACGUCGUUGCAAGACCCAGCAUCCAUGACCUUCCCCUCCUUGGCGAUUUGCACGUCCGCGGCGCGCUCGUGCGCGCGUAUCAUCGAGACGCAAAGCAGACGAAGUCCUGUACCCAUGACUUUGGUCCAGUCGGCAAUCUUCAUAUCGGGGCUGACACUGCUGCUCAACAUCUGGAUAACGAAGCAAUCCGGGUUGACUAUCAAUCCGAAGGAUAUGCAGGACGUAUGGAAGUGCAUGCAGACUUUGUCGGCAGCUGAGGGUCGAUGGCAUAUUGCUGGGAAGUUAUGGGACAUUCUCCGCGAGCUCGCAUCCGCGGGUGACCUUGACAUCAAUGCACAUAUAUCGGCUCCUGACCAGCAAACAAAGAAGCGGCCACGAGACAACGCCGGUGCCUCCUCCUACUCAACCGCCGUGGAAGCAGUUGCGAAUGCAUCGCCAGCUUCCUCCGCAUCUACGCCACCCGAGACACCAUCCGCGUACAUGCGCUCCCUCCAGCAGUACGCCAUGCACGCCACCCCGAACGGCAACGGCGCCGAGCUAAACCCUCCAGAGGUGCCGCAGUUCUCAGACGAGCAGGUCGAGACUUUCCAUUUCAUGAACGGGUACAUGAACGGGCAGUACGCGAUGCCGACGGACCUUGGGACGGGGUCGGCGCGCGAGUUUGGCACGCAGGAGUUUGCGACGGCGGGGUCGGGGCAGGAUUUUGUGCAGAACGAUCCUAUGAUGGAGUUUGGGAUGUUUGGGAUGGGAUUGGGUUCGCCCGGAUUUGGUAUGGCAAGUACGAGCGGAGGCGCGGGUUCGGGGUUGGGAGGGAGCCCGCAUGGAAUGACCGGUGGGAGCUCUCCUGCUAUUGCAGCCACAGGCCACGGCGUGGGUGCUUCCGGCCUGAACGGCGUGAACGCGGCGAUGCCGAACGGGCUGAGUGCAUCGAGCUCAACGGUUGGUAGCAGCCCGAGCAGCCUGCACGCGGCAGAGGGCGGUAGUCCGCACACGCCUGCCGUGCAGGGCAACUUUUGGAACCCGGCGCCAAGUCCGUUCGAGACGGACGCAUGGCAGCGAUACCUUAGCAACGUUGACGAUCCCGGAUACCCCCAGGCUCCAUCGGUGGUGAACUCGCUACACUCGGGCCCAACCCAGCAAGCGCAGUUGCCCUCGCGGAUGAAUUCUUUAUCGCAAUCCGGGCUCGGUCAAUCACAAAUGCCCCCGCCAUCUCAGGCACUCCUAGGACGGCGACCUAUGGUCGACCUGCAGUGCCGCUCACGCGCGAUACACAACAAGUUCCGCCAACUAAAGGGGUUGCUGGCUCUAACCAAACUCAAGUCAGCAGAAUUCAGGCGCGACGUCGAGAUCGCCUCGCAGGAGGUGAAGGCGCACGUCAUCAAGGCUAGCAAAACGGCGGAUAUGUACGCCCACCUCGUGUCAAGGCUUCACGCUGCGCUCAAUCGCGCCGCCUAUCAGGCACUGGGCGAAGACCACUUUCUGCCCUUCCUCGAACCGCUUGGCGAGCUCGCCGACGUCUCCCGAUUGACGUCGGCUCUGCAGACAUUGCAGGCGUCGAUGCACACCCAUCUAGUCUAUCUGCCCGGGUUGAACGGCCAUGUGUAUGCGGGGAUCCUGCCCCUCAUCCAAGGGCGUAAAUUCCCGGUUGCCUUCCACAGGGCCGAGGCGCUCCUUCAAGGUGUGCCUCUCGAGGCCCAAAUCGACGAGCUUGUUGAAGACAAUUGUCGCACGGCUCACCAAUGGAGGGGAGUGUGGGAGGAAGUUACAGGACACUUUCGCCCGCGAUUGAUUCUUCAGAUCCGACGGCAGCCGGACGAUGUUCGGGCACAGGUCAUUGAGCCAGUUUUCGCUGCUACGAGGAUGUGCUGGGACUAUAAACUCCAGCUGGAGCGGACAGCUAUACUGAUCAAGGACGUGUAGGCGCAAGCGUAUAGCCUGGACUGGCAGUAUACAUCGG